AUGAAGAAAUCGUUGGAGAAUCAGCUUACCAUGUGCGAUAUGUUACCCAACGGUCCAUGCCAGAUGGACAUCGUCGUUGACCAAGACGUUCGACGAAAGUGUAGUAGUUAUAAAAUUUGCGAAAAACCGGAAAAAUUGGACGACCACGAUGGUUUGUAUUCGUUUGUUCAGUGGCAGGAAUACAACCGGGACCUACUGACCCGGUCAAUCCAAGGACAUCGCCAGUCGAACGAGUAUGUUUAAUGCAGUCCUCUUUAUUAAAUAAAAAACCCUAAAUACUUUACAUCGUUAGUAGGCCACUGUUGUAGGUGCACAGUAGAUAAAAAGGUACAUAGGUUAAAGGGUACAUUUAGUGUAUAAAAUAGUAUAAUACACAGUUACAAUCAAAAAUUCUAUUCUGAGUCUAUUUGUUUACUAUGAACAUCAUUAAUGUUUUUAAAGACCGAUAAAGGGGAGGUAAGGUUAACAUAUUAAGGAGGGUUCCUCAUUGUAAAGGAAAUUAAAAAGAAAAUUCUAAAAAUAUUUAAACGUAGUAUAUAAGUUAGGAAUUCCAUGUCUAAGUAUUUUUACUAAUCAAAAAUGUAUUUUCUGAGAAAAAACAAGUCUUAGUAAAACAAGUAGCUCUUUCGAUAAACUCAGAAUCUAAACUAAACAGAACCACAUUUGUAUAGGUUUUAAAUAGUCAAAAUGGACUGUAACUUCGAUUGUGAAAUCCACAGGGUCGAAUACAAUGUGAAACGUGCUAUUAACACGCUAUCCGCAUCGACAGAUAAAUCCAUGCUGGACACUACUAAAAGAAUUUCGAACUCAACCAUGAACAUAGACAAGUGGAAAGUAGACAUGUUCCAGAGUCUGAGAAAUAUUCGAAACGAAAUCGAUUUACUUUUGUUGGGCAAGAAAAAAAUUCAAAUAGCCCAAAAAGCUUUGGGCGUAAUAUGUUCGAUAUCCACCGAAUGUCUGGAACGACGGUCGUUCAGAUUGGAAAUGGAUCUAAUUUUAGAUCCCGGUCAGAUCGAGCUCGUCAAAGUAAGUCGUGAUUAUAUUAAUAUUCAUGAGAACAUUAUUUACUGUAGAAUACAUUUUCUACAAGAUUUCGAGAUCACGUUAUUCUAAUAUAAAGUAUCAGAUACUUUCACACGUUUAGGUAUUAUUUAUUAUUUAAAAAUAAAAAACUAUAUCACUUUACACUUUAUUAAAGCGUUGACAAGAUAUAUAAUUACAGGAAAAUAAACUAAUAAACGAAAUAGGCGAGUUGAUGUGCCGUACGUUGUGUCAAAUAAACGAUCAAAUUAAUAGCAACAAACGUAUAAAGUACCGACUCGAAGAAAAUUGGAGCAACAAAGAUCAAGUGUUUAAAAUAGACACUUUGAAUUUGGGGCUGAAUAUUCAAUCACCUACAAUCAUGCCGGACGUUGAGGCGGUGAAAAAUUCCGAAAAGUAUAUAUAUACCUAUAAUACCUAAAUAGUACAAUAGUAAAGUUACUAUACUAUUAGUAUAAUAUACCUAUAAAGUAUAUUUCGGAAGUUGAGUACCUAUAAAAAUUAUUUGUGUAACACGAAGUUUUUAUUAAUUAAUCGUAUUGUAGUGCAUGCGCUUUAUCGCCGUCAGAAUGGGAAGCGUCCAAUAAAAGUUUACACGACGACGCCCAACAGAUUUUUAACGAUUCAGUAAAUUUAAGAAAUUACGUCGACGAACACGUGCUAAAUUCCAGUGCUAAACAAUUAAGAGACCAAGCGGACGCAGUCGACAUAACUCUAGCCCGGUUCAUAUCCGACACGCAACGAAUCAGUCAAGCUAUCGAAAACGAUUUGGAACAUGUAAUGAAAUAAUCGUAUUGUAUGAAUAAUUCAUGCACAAAUAUCACUCAUAUAAUAGUAUAGGUAGUAUAACUCUGAGCAAUGACGUAUUUAGAAUUUCGCCAAAUAGGGAGAUACUAAAUUGGAAAAUUAUUUCGUAUAACAUGUAUCCAGACUAAAAUAUCAAUUUUAAAUUUUAGAUUCUGAGUAGAGCGAAUAGUUAUACAAAGAUGUUAAUUUUUAUUUUUUUCAAUGGACAACUUUUCUACCAGAAAACUUGCUCAGAUUUUUACAUGUAGCAACUUUUCUAAAAGGAAAUCAGUGUAGUGAGGUACUUCAAAGAGAUAAUAUUUUAAUUUUCUGAAGAGUUCUCAUCAAAUGCGAAAAACCGAAAAAAUCCGAAAAAUUUACAAAAUAUAAUAUUUCGAUUUUUUUUUUGUGAACAACUUUUCUACCAGAAAUUUUGCUCCAACUUUUAAUGAUAACAAUGUUUCGGAAACGAAAUUUCACUAAGCACCUGUCCCUUUUAAAAAGUCAUUUUUGCAUUUUCCCCGAAGUUUUCUCAGCAAAUGUGAAAAACUGAGAAAACCGAGAAAAUGGGUAUAACAUUAGACAAAUAUUUUUAAAAAAAAUAUAUAAAGCCUAUUUAUUUUAUUUUAAUUAUUUUACUAUAAUAAAGCAUAUACAUUGUUGACAAAGCAUCACUAUCAACUGAACACCGCUCAGAAUCGUUUUUUCGUAAGCAAUGGUUUAUCGUUGCUUACAGGUAUAAAUUAAAUUACCAAUAUAAAAAUGGCUGCACUUGUCCCUAUUAGAAUGUCUUUUUUAUUUUUGUAAGUAAUUUAUAAUUCAACCUACACUGUAAUUAUUAUUGAUAUCAAAUAACUAAGUAUUUAAUUAAUUUUUUUCGGGUUUUCAAUUUUUAUGAGAAAACUUUUGAGAAAAUCGAAAAAUGACUCCUUUAAAGUACCUUUGCAUGCCUAUUUUCUUUCAGAAAAUGUGCUACACGUAGAAAUCCGAGUAAGUGUUCUGAUAAAAAAGUUGCCCUUUUUUAAACGGGGGUUCCUUAUUUAAGGUCCUUUUUAAGGACUCCCUUAAAAAGGGAGUCAUGUCUAUAAUAAAUAUUAAAAAAAGAUCAAGAUGUAUAUAUCUUUAAUCUUUCCCUUAAAUAUGCCACUGCUCUUAAAAUAGAAAAAGUGUGUAAACGGGGUGUUAGGAGUUGUUAACACUUGUCUUCGUUUACAACUUUUACUUUACGCUAAAUUGAAAAUAUUUCAAACUUUCAUUGAUGUCCAGUGAUUUUAUUUAUUUUUUAAAACGUAUAACUUAUAACUUAACUAUACAGUUAAAAAUUUGUGUUUAUAUUUAUGUCUUGGUGAUAUUAUUAAAAUAUUAUUAAGCAUAUUGUUAAUAAAAUUAAUAAAAUAAGUCUAAGAAAAAUUUAUUUUUAUUUUAAAAAAAAAAACAAAAAUAGGUCGUUCAAAGAUUGGGUGACGCGGAAAAUGUAAUCGAAGAUCUUCUUCGUGUGAUUAAUAAUAUAGAAAAAGCGAAGAUGACUGCCGAGACGAGAUUACACAAUCGGCUGAAACGUCCGGAAGACGAUAACUGCAAAGACAGUGCACAACUAAGGUAUACUAAUGAAAAAUAUAAUUAUUAUUUAGCAUUCCAUACCAACAAUUUAAUGUUAUUUAAAUAUAUCGUGUAAACAAUUUUGGAUCAUGAUAUUUUACUUCUAAAAGUAAUAUAAAAAAGGGACUCACCUAUACUUUACAAAUGAGGUUUUAUUAAUUUAAAAAUUUAACCUAGGAUAAUGUGCACGGGUGCCGUAAUAUUUUACUAAUACAUUUUGUACAUUUUUCCGUUUUUCCUCAGUUUUUUUUAGUUUUCCCCAUUUAUUUGGUAAACUCUUAGGAAAUCAAAAAAUUCUGUCCCCAGUCUAAUUUCCUUUCAAAAAGGUACUAUUAACGUUAAUCGGAAUAAAAUUGCUGGUUGAAAAGUUGUCCACAGAAAAAAAAUAAACAUCAUUAUAAACUUAUACAUUCCUCACUCCACUCGAAAAUUAAAAGUGAUUCAGUGUAAUUGACUAAAGUGGAGAGAAACAUCAGGUUUUUUAUGUAACUAGAAAAUUCUAAUGAGACUUAAAAUUAAGUUCUACAAAAGUAUGGUGAGAUUGACUAUGUUGUGUAGUUCGGAGUGUUGGGCAAUUUAUGUAAUGCCACGUAUAGAAAUUUCAAAUUUUUAGGUUUUCAAGUUUGUAUGAAUAUUUUAAACUGAAUUAAAAUAAAUAAUCAAAAUUGAAAAUGAUAAAUUUUGUAUAUUUUUCCGUUUUUUUUUCAAAAAAUAACCUUAAAAUACCACUUAGAUAAAAUUUCUUUUAAGAAAAAAUACUACACAUAAAAGUCGAAGCAAUAUUUUUCAUAGACAAGUUAUUUACAGAUAAAAAUAAAUAAUAAUAAUAAUAAAAAACAUGAUUGUAAUCAACUAAUACAUUUCUCGCUUCGCUCAGGAUCUAAAAUAUAAAUAAUAUUCGUUUCAUCUAAAAUUACAAACAAAACAAAGUUAAAGUCAGAUACGAUUUCUAGUGUUCCUACGAGGGGUGCAAGUAUGAAUACAAUAUAAUAAACAUAAAAUUACGAUAGUGGUUAAUAUCAAUAAUAAUAUCAACAUUUUCAUAUUAUAAAGCAUUCAAAUUUUGUAACUUUUGUUUCGAUUUUAAAUUAAAAAAAUAAUAGUUGCCGCCUUUAUAAUAUGGCCUUGAUUGUAUUGUUGGUAUUUAUUUUUUCAGUCUAAUCCCGGAAGUAAACAAUCUGAACGAACAGUUGAAAACACUUAACUACCAGUUGCAAUGUGCUCGGACGGGACAUUUGGGAUUAAUAGAGGUGCGUUCGCAAUUAGAACACGAAGCUCGCAUCAAGAGGAAAACGCUUUGGAUCGAUUGUAUUCGGUGUCAGCGAGUACGGGCCCACUAUCCGUCGCAGACCGUAUUAAUCGGGCAUUACUAA